AUGUCGAACCGUUUGGGACGGUUGCGAUGGUGGUUUAUACUGACGGUAGCGGGGAUUAUUACCGUGGGUGUUGUGCAAGGUGACAAUGAUAGAACUGGACUAGAAUUGUCGCAGUAUUGGCGAAUGCCACGUGUGUUCAAGUACGAUGAUUACGAUAUCUGUCUCAAUGAUAAUCCCUCCAUACCGUCGGUGUACUGCGUGGUAAAGGCAGUCGUCCGACCGGACAACACCUCCGAGAUAUGGGGCUUCAUCGAGCAGAUUUCGGCCCGCUGGAAGGUACAGCUCAACCAUGCCCAUCUGGAUCGGGGCAUUUGUGUGCGCGAUUGCGAAACGCGUUUACGGCUGCUGUCCGGUCGGGUGAACGAUAGUGAGCUGCUGGUGCCCAAGUUCAAGACCAACUACCGGUACACUUUCAACCCAGGAACCUUCAGAGACAUCGACGAAUAUCGACAAAACUAUUCUCAGCUGUUGGAAAAAUGCGUCAACUUAGAGCUAACGGAAGAGUUCGGUUUGAGCGCUCAAACGGAAAUAGAGUACUGCGAUAGCAACACCAUAGUCCAUCCAAUAGACUGGUUGGAAGUAACGUUCCUGGUCGUCGCAGUUGCCAUCGCCGGCAUCGUGCUUGCCUCCAGUCUGUACGAUUUUCGAUGCAAAACGACCCACGGACUUGACCAUUAUAAGCACGAUCUGCCCACAACGAGGCAGAUGUAUCUGGUGUCCUUUUCGAUCAUCCGAAACUGGUACCGGAUUACCUCGCGCGGGGACGAUCAACUUAGCCACGAUUUGCGGUACAUUCACACGAUCCGGAUGAUCGUCUUCAUGGGCGUUACGCUGGGGCACGUUGUGUUCUACGCCCAGCCCAGAACGGCACUUACGAUCGAAAAUCGUUUUAGUGAUCUUUCGACGAUGAUAGUCAUCAAUGGAACCCAGAUAGUGACAACGUUUUUUUCAAUCAGUGCCAUGCUGCUGGUUCUGUUCUUCAUGCAGAAGGUAGAAGAAACGAAGAAAAAGGUCGGCAUCGUAGAAAUAUUAAUCAUUUCCGCUGCCCGUUACGUACGGCUAACGCCGGUAUACGCAUUUGUGAUGCUCUUUGAGGCUACCUGGGUGGUGCGGUUAGGUGAUGGACCGCUGUGGCAGAAGGGCUUCGAAACUAGCCGCACGUACUGUCGCACACAUUGGUGGGCUAAUCUGCUCUACAUCAACAAUUACUACAAGCCCGACGAACCGUGCAUGUUGCAUACAUGGUACCUGGCUGCCGAUUUCCAUCUCUUUGUGUACGGGUUAGUGCUGUGCGCACUGAUUGCCAGAUACCCCAAAAUGCGGAACCUGCUGCUCGGAACACUGAUAGUUCUCAGUUACGCUGCAACUUCCGCCAUUAUCUACGUGAAAGAGUACGAUGCCAUUCCUAUUUUUGCACCAGAACAAAUUCGUUACUUCUUCUGGUACUGGGGAGUGUACAAGGAUGCCUACGUACCCACGCACAUGUAUCUGAUCAACUAUACCUCUGCCCUUGCGUUUGCCUUCUACUAUAGGCACCUGCUUAAGACGAGAAUCAAUCACCACUGGCUGAUCAAGGUUUCCUGGUUUGGAAGUUUGCUACUGAUUCCGGCAUUGUUUGCCAUGGGCUACAUCUUCUAUCAAAAUCAAUUUGAGAUGCCUUCACUCUGGAUGGCUUUGCUGUUCCCGUUCAUACGGCUACUGUACAGUGUCAUUAUCUUUUUCGGUGGAGUUGGACUGUCGUUUAGAUUCGUGAAACUACUGACCCGGCUGGCCGACAUACCGUUCCACACGAUCAUCGGAAGGCUCACGUACAGUGCGUACUUGUGUCAUCUGUGUCUGAUAAAGAUGUCCUUGUUCAGCACGAGAAGCUUCUUCCGUUACGCACUGAUCGAUAUUGGUGCGAUUUGGGCCGCUUCAAUGCUCCUCUCCUAUCUCGUUGCAUGGCUUCUCUGCCUAGUGCUCGAGUCUCCAUUCGUAGCAUUGCAGAGACAGCUCUUCAAACGUCAUGCACGAUCGUCGGAUGAUGCGGAACACUCCUCGAGCGGAGGCGAUAACGGAACGGACACGAGCUACUGUGAACAUCCGGAUGAGAAGAACAACUAUCAGUCGAAUGUGAUUUUCAGUCAAAGGUUUUAGCUGGUAGGGUUUAGAACUUCAACCAGAGGCCAUUUUAGAGAUAGUGUAGCGUUUAAAAA